CAAUACCUCUCACUUCCGUUCAUUGCGCAUAAUAAUUUAUUUCGAGCUAGCGGCGGUAGACAUUGCAUUCAUAUUAAGCCUUAAAAAUAUCCACCGUCAUCAAUCCCCCACAUUUGUUUCACUGCCGAAUUAUUUCAUAAAUCGUUUAAUCAAAGAAAGAGGUCAACAUGGCUGUUGAGAUGAGUAUCGAAAACCUGAAGAAGACGUCGGCUGCUGACGACUUUCAGGACAACAGUGAAGAUGGCACAAUGAAUUUAAUUCAUGUGAGAUGUCAACAGCGAAAUGGCCGUAAGAUGAUCACGAUAGUCGAGGGUAUCUCUCCCAUUUAUUCACAGCAUCGCAUUGUCAAGAAAAUGAAAAAGUUUUUCAACUGUAAUGGGAAUGUGCACAAAACGGAACAAGAUUUUGGAGAUGUUAUCCAGCUGCAAGGAGACCAGAGAAAUAAAGUCAAGGAAUUCCUUGUGUCUUGUGAAUUGGCCAAGGAAUCUCAGAUUAAACUCCACGGUGUUUAAAUUGUUACCUUCCAGUCCAUGCCGAGGUCAAUGACUUUGUCAGCAUUGUAAAUUAUGUAAAAACAGAGCUGCUUAUUUUAUGACUGUCCAUAGCAAUGAUUCCACUGUUAGAGUUGGGGUUGAUUGUUAAAUGUUAACCCAGUGGUUCUUGCUCACAUGCCAUGACUGAGCAACUUUUUCGGUGGUGCUAAGGUUGCCUGUUCAUUUUGCAGGUUACAUCCUGCAUUUACGUUGUUGCAUACAAUCUGUAAAUUCCUCAUUUUAAUCAAAUAGUUCUCAUAUGUGACUCUUAAUUUUUUAGAUCUAAUGGGGUUGUGCUAAAUAUAUGCCAAUAUUCAAUCACCCACUGAAUAUCCGAAUACAUGUAGCAUGUUCCCAAUUUCAAGAUUUGAAAAUGUGAUUGGUCUCAAGAAUAAAAUAAACAACCUUAACAUUAUUUUAAUAUAGGUUUUCCCGGCCAAUUUCACCAAGUUUUCAUUCAAUUUAACGCCUGGCUUAUUCGAUUUAGAUUGAAAUUGAAAGAUCGUGCA